AUGUCCAAGCUACCAAGCUGCCUUCAUUCCAUUCAAAUCGCUCGCUGCCUGCUGCAGUCCAUUACCGUACAAUCGUCCUUUGCUCGUAACAAGUUUAACAACACCAUGCAACUUAUCGCGGCGAUAGUGAUUCUCACGCUAACCGUCUGGGUCUCAGGGCGUCCCAAUAAAGACCUAGUGGCGUACCGGAUGAACUACGGCCUGCUGAGUAAAUUUCCCUGCAAGCAGCCUCAGCCGAGGGUUUUCGAACUGGAGGAACUGAUGAAUAACAACGAACUGAUGGAGUCGGUUCGUAGAGAUGGGAGAGAAAAUAUAAGCCCGGCUGUGACAGUCCUGCAUAGAUGCGAGUCUAUUGGAUGCUGCAACAACCCCCACGAAAGGUGCACGAACAAUGCCACGGAAGAGGUGACCCUGACAUUCCGUGUUAUUACGUCCGUGGGGAAACUAGAUUACGUCAAAAUUAAAGAGAGGAACCAUACCCAAUGCGCUUGCAUGAUGCUCAACGACAACGUUAAGUAACGGUGGAGGGAUCUAAUUAUCUACGACGUAUUAGUAAAUACCAACCUGUGAUAUUAGGGUUAUUAUUUAUUGUGUUAUUUAUUUAAUUUAUUAUGUUUUUAAUAUA